UCAAAAUACCACAAUAGCAGAAGCAAGCCGCUGGCAUUGAGCAAGCUAAGAAUUUUACUUUCACAUUUUCUUGCUCUCCGUGCUUUGCGAUUUUAUUCAUUAAAAAAUGGAUUUCUUUCAUCACCAAUGGCAAUUGUAGGAACAUUGUGCAAACGUUGGCUUAAAAAUGUCUGUGUCAGCUGUUUCAAGCUCUCUUCUUCAUCCGCAAUCUGUUCAUGAUGCAAAAUGGACAAAAGUGGACUUACAGGAUUCCUUUACAAUUAACGGAUUGAACAAGUUCUGGAAUGAACUUGUAAAAGAUGGUGAGCUUGUCAGUAAAAAUUGUGGCACAGUAUCUGGAAAAAGAAAAGAAGAACUACAAAGGACUGAUGACAAAGUUAAAGCAACAUUGAAGGUUUCAACAACAACUGGUCAAACUAGCUGCAAUUGCCCUGAUCAGAAGCUGGAUCAUGACAUGGGGGAGGAAGAGGCAAAAAAUAUUCAGAGAAACUCAGAUGAAAUAAUAGAUUCAUGGAUAUGGGGUGAACAACCAUCAAUAUAUGGGCUUACUGAAGCUAUUCAUUCAUUAAUGGCAGAACAGCUUGAACUAACUUAUAAGGCAUCAAAAUCUGCACCCUCAUCUGUGCGCUUACAUCAACGGUUGCUUAUCCUUGAGAGAUACUACAUUGCAUAUACAUCAGUUUCCAACAUUUUUGUUGGAAAAAGUUGUCAAAGUAAAAAUACUAAGAAAACAACCAAUCAAUUAGCCAUUGCCGGCAGACAAACAUCUGCAAAAAAACCACCAUCUGCAACCAUGGGUCUUGCGCAUAUUGGUGCGCGAGCAGCAUUUUCCUUUGCUUGUGCAUUCUUGCGACGAGCUUGGAAAUCUGGUGAGGAUGCUGAUAUAUGUAGAGAGUUUCUUCAAGAGGCAUAUGAAGCCUUGCAAAGUCUGCCAGAAUGUUUAUUAUUCAACGAGGAUUCAGUGUCGCCAGUCUGGACUGAUACUGUUGAAAGGGUAUCUGUUUUUUUGAAGGCAGUUGUCCUGGGAGGAAGCAAUGAAGGGGGAAUUCUUUUUCGAACAUUGGAUGAAGUACCCAUUGUUGAUCAGCACUUGGCCUUGGGCAUUUUUUUGGAACUAGCAUUCCAGCGUGGAUCUUUGAGUCAUAUCUUAGAGGCAGUAAUUCUCCUACUACAGUUAUGGGAUCGUGCCCAAGAUAAUGAGAAAAACUCGUCAUCUACAACUGCUCCUUUGAAUCCAGUAUUGAGACGUUUGGAACGACUUGCUGAAACAGAGUGUAAACUGUCAUUUUCUCCAUUUAUUGAAGAGUCUGCCAUUCCAGUUGUCAGUCCAACAGAAUGUUUCCUUCGCUAUUCCUCAUUUAUUGAGGACGAUAUUGAGUUACUGGAUGUUCAACAAGUUGCUGUUGCAGUUCUUUCUUAUAUGGAUCAAUUCUCAACGUACUCUCGUGAUCAAAGCAGUGACUCGAAUAACCUAUGUAAUUCACAAGAUGUAUACAGUUGGGGUUAUAUCGGCGUAUCCGAUAAUAAUGCACCUGAACGCUCGCCUGAACUUAGUCAGCUUGAUGUUAAAGAGAUCACUUGUGGUGAACUGUCUUUUUUGGUUCUCACAAAUGAUGGAAAAGUUUACUCUUGUUUGUACAACGCUGAAAAACAGAUCCCUGAAUUGAUAAGACCGCUCGCUGGAAAAGUUGAAAUCACGAAAAUCGCAUCGCAUCCAGAGGCUCGCCAUUACUUGGCAUUGAGUAAAGAAGGACUAGUUUACAGUUGGGGAUCCGGAGAAGCUGGGGCACUUGGACAUGGAGAUGACAAUUCGCGAGAGGAACCUACACUUAUUUCCGCUUUAUCUGGUAAAAACAUCGUUUCAAUCAGCUCUGGAAGUUCACAUUGUGCAGCGAUUUCAGUUGAAGGUGAUCUUUAUACUUGGGGUCGUGGAAACCAUGGUCGACUGGGGCAUGGUAAUAGUGAAGACGCGUUGCUACCAAAGGUUGUCAACGGUCUUAAAGGCAUUCACGUAAUUCAUGUUGCAUGUGGGAGCGGGGAUGCUCAGACACUUGCGGUUACCAAAGAUGGUAAAGUGUGGUCAUGGGGUGAUGGUGAUUAUGGUAAACUUGGCAGAGGGGGAAGUGACAGUUGCAAAACACCAAAGUUAGUCGACAAAUUUGAUAACGAGCACGUCAACAAAGUUCUUUGUGGCAAUCAAAUUUCUCUUGCUCUUACUCGAGAAGGAAAUAUUUGGACCUGGGGGAAAGGUCAUCACUUCAGACUGGGAAAUGGCUCUGACGAAAACUGCCACGUUCCUGUUGUCAUUGAAACUCUUCGAGGAAGAGAUGUGGUGGCUAUUUCUCUUGGCACCGCUCACUGUCUCGCCGUUACAAAAUGUGGCAAGGUUUUUGCAUGGGGUGGAAAUGAUAAAGGGCAACUUGGGUUGUCGAACUGCAAUUCCAAGAAUAUUCCGACCGAAGUUGUAAUAAAUGAAGAAAAAUCUUUCAAUCAAGUUGCAUGUGGUCCAGCACAGAGUUUUUUAUGGUCCAGUGCAACAAAGGCAAGUGUUGGCCUAAGAGCGCCGUAUGUACUUGAUGUAAGAAAGAUUACGUUUGAAUAUUUGGAUGUUUUGUUACGACGAGUAAGCGAAGAUCUUGAUGGUACCCGUGAUUGGCCUCCUCCUGCACAAGAAAAAGAAUGUAUUGCUGUUGCUGCUUUGAAUCUUUUACGAUUGCAGUUCAAUGCCGCCAUACGUGAAAAUGUUAGUGGUGAUGAUCUUGGUCUUCACAUUGGCAGUAAAUUGUUGCAAUCACUACGUCAGCAAGUGGUUAUGCUUGCAAUAAACCAAGGUGUUUUGAUUACAGUUAAAACAGCUGCAAAAGGAGCAUUGCGAAGUGGCUGGUCUUUACUCCUGCCCACUACAGAAGAAAGAGCAAAGACUUUGUCUGAACUUCUUUCCGAAAAGCUAGGAUCAGCUGACAAUACAACUAUGGAUUGCGGACGUGAUUUUAUGAUUGAUCUUCUUGUUCAAAGUCUCAUGGUCGAAGGCAGUCUUGAAAGUGCUUUUGAAAACGCUGUCAAGGACCAGUUGUCGCGAGAGAAGAGUGAAGAGUUAAGUAGUGGCGCGCUGGAUAUCUCAAACAGUACACCAUUAUUAAAGCUGGCGAGAGAACUUCUUAUUAGCUGCGUUGAUAAUUGUUUGAAUCGUUUUCAUGCGAAGACACAACAAUCUGGGGAACAGCAUCAGGAUAACAGGAAAGGAAAUCAAAAUGCGAUAAUGGAAUUAUUAUUGAAACUGCAAAGGUUAUUUGUCGGUUCCAUUUUCGUCAUAUUCAUGUCUCAGCAGGAGUCAAUCUGUCCUCAAAGAGAUCCUCAACCAGAUGAUGCCCUACGAGCCUCUUUCUGUCUUCUUCAUAAAUACAUUCAACUGUUGUGUUGUCAUGUCAGUCAAGUUCUCGUUCAAGCUCAUAAUUACGCUAGUACAGCUGAACUUCUACCGCGUAUUUCAGGGAUUAUAGAACAAGAACUUCCUUCUGUGUUGUUAAGCGAGUUUUUGACAUCGUUACUAUUCCUUCAUACUCGUAUUGGUUUGAGAACAGAACUUUCUAAAGUAUUUCCUGUGUUGCGUGAUCUUAUGGAGCUUUUGGAUAAGUUUAAUCGAUUGGCAUCUAACAUUAUGUUGGAGGACACCGAGGAUUUGGUUUGGUCAGAAGAAGGAUUAGGAAAUUCAUCGACAACAACGUCUGAAAAUUCAGUUGAACUUGCCGUGAUUGAAAAGGCAGAUUUAGAAAAUCAUAAUAAGGAAGGCGGACUUUGGGUAAUCAUUCACGGCAAAGUUUAUGAUUUGCAAGAAUUUAAAGAUCAGGCACCAUGCGGAAAAGAACUUCUCUCGAGAUAUUCAGCUAAAGAUGCGACAGAAGCAUUCGAAGCUGCUAAACAUUCAAGUGAAGCAAGGGACAUGAUCCAAGCAUUUUGUGUUGGUGUAUAUCUGGAGUCAGAUGAACAACAUCGAUGUGAAGAAAUUACUCCAUCUGUAUUGGCACCAUUUCUAGAUAUUGAACGCUGCCUGGCAUUUCUUCUUGGCCAUCAUGCCCAUCUGCUGUGUCAGGGAAGCUCUAUCACAUCUGACGAAGAAGAUUGCGAUCAAUGGUUAAAUUCUGAUUUCUUUGCUGGAGGACUUGAAACGUCGGACAUUUACUCUCAUAACCAAAACAAAAAUGAAAGGCGCGGAAAAGGAUUUCAGAAAUUAAUUCAAUCAACCUGUCAGAAUACGUCCCAAGUACAGAGCUCCGAUGCUGUGCGACUGUUUCUCACAAAUCUAUGCGAGAAUUUCAAAGAAAAUAGUGUGGAGAAGUUUUUAUCGUUGGUAAAACGUUGUUGUCAUGUAAAGAGAAUCGUAAUACCCAUCGAAUUUUCUGCUGACCACCCUGUUGAGCAGUUUGGAAGAUUAUUUCUUGCUUGUUUACUCAAACACCAUGAUCUGGUCGGCAUGGCGUUAUCUCUGAUAGAGCACGAGGAUUUGGACAAAUUACCUGAUGGAGAGCUAUCAUCAUCAAUAGAACAUGGAUAUUAUCCUGCAUCACUUGUUCAAGUUCUGAGAGUUACUAAUCAGGCCAAGUGUAACUUAAUAAAGUCCCAUCAAGAAUCAUUCCGGUCUUACGAGGAAGUUUGUGCGUCACCAAUCGAGAGAUGUCAGUUUCUCCUUCAAGUACUUCGACCUGCUGUCUCCAGUGAGCUUUCGGCGCUUUCAAAACUAAAACUACUAAACUUGAUUCCUCGUUGGAAGCGUUUGGUUAGGCAGGUCAUCCAGGAAAAUAGAAAAUCACGAGAAGGUGAAAAGAGAAAUGUCGAUGACAGAGAAGGUGAAAUGGAUGAAAAAGAAGAUCAAAUAAACGUUCAACGUGUUGCUUUAAGGCUAGCGGAGAUCGAAGAAUCAAAACAAGAACAAACGACAUCCUUUACAGUUCCAUCAUCUGUUUUAACCAACAUCAAGAAAUUCAAAUGGCUCCGAGAACGUGUUGCAAGUAAUUCUUCGGUAUCUUUAUUGAUGAAUCACAUAAAAGAUUUUGUCUUAAAAGAAGACAGUAUAAAUCUUGAGCUGAUAAUGGAUGCCAUGGAGUGUCAGGUAAAAAGAGCUAGACUUCGUUUAGAAGGAACACAGUUUCUGCUGUCAUUGCUUAAUAAGAGUUUCAUGAAUUCUGUAAAGUAUGCCAUUCUCAGUGGAUGGCUGGGGCUUACAACAAAUACUUCCAAACGAGGGACGUUGGUUCGACGAAAUUUAUCAGAUAUCCACUUAAUUCCUCCCUACGAUCAAGUUGUGCUCGAAAAUGUCUUCACUAAAAUCGAUGAAUGGUCCAUCAGUUUGUUGCGCGAGUCAGUUUUGGAAGCAAACGAUUCAAUAAAGAAAUCACAACUUAAUCUAUGUCGAAGUAAAUCUGAUUUUUCUAUUGGUGUUUUACCCUGUUCUCGUUUUAUGAUGUCUGCUUUGGGUAUGUUGACUAUGGAGUAUAGUACCGCAGGUCUAAGUAUGCUUCUCAACAACGGACUUCUUGCUCUCGCUCAGACAAUCUUGCGCCUAACUGGACCUUCUGAUGAGGCAAACGAUGACGAGGAAGAAUUUUUAGCAGCUGCCGUAAUUGAUGAGAACAAAAAGGCACGUUCACCUCAACCUCUGCCGGCGGUUGGCCCAGAAAUGGCGAGAAUGCUUAAAGUAGGGACUAAAGUUAUCCGUGGACCUGAUUGGAAAUGGGGUGACCAGGACGGAAAGCCUCCGGGAGAAGGUCGUGUUGUUGGCGAACUUGGUGAUGACGGUUGGAUAAGGAUUCAGUGGGAUACAGGAUGUACAAACUCGUAUCGUAUGGGGAAAGAAGGAAAAUAUGAUCUUCAACUUGCUGGUCCACCACCUCUACCCGAUACUAGUGAUGAUGAAGAUGGCGAUGAAGAAAUGAAAGCAGAUGAAAAGAAAGAAACUAUGUUAGCAUCUAAUGAUGGCAAGCAACUUUCCAAUCCUACUUCUCUCAUACGCCGUUCAACUUUGGCUUUAUUUCGAUGCUUGGUGAUAUCUGCUGGCAUUCAUGCAGAUGAUGUACCACUCAAUGCAUUGAAGACAGUUUCUGGUCUUUUGUUUACAAUUCUAGAUAGAGGAAGCAAAGAAGAAGAUAUGGAUAAUCUCUAUCGUCAACAACACUAUGAAUGGGCCAAACUUGGUUGUAUUCGUGGUAUAACAUUGGCGCCAUCAGCAAGUAGAGUAUUCAGCUCACCGCAGUGGAUAAAUCUAUUUCUUGACGUCGUUGGUGGAAGUUUUGACGAAACAAAUUUUUGUAGUCCACCUAACCAUGAGCUGAAAUCUUUUCAAGAAACAAAACUUCUCAGUCAAUUGCCUAGUCAGAUACUUACGUUAAGAUUAAUGCGAGUUGUUCUUCCUUCAUGGAACACAGAUGAUUAUGGUUCGCAAAAGUCGGAUUUGGUUCAAAAACUCUUCGCAUUACUUGGCCGUGUGUUGAUGAGUUGCACAGGAAUUCUUCCGAUUCCUCAUCGUAGAAAGAGAAUACAAAAUAGAAGAUUCAAACCCAAAGCGUCUCUUACCGCUUCGCAUAGCAGUACCGUUGCUGAAGAAUUGGUUGUACUGCUUCGUCAUCUUCAUUCAUUUGAUUCAUGGAAUCCUUUGAUCAAUGAUUUUAUCAUUGCCAGGCUAAAUUCCAUUGCUCAGACGGCGUCACAAUCAAAGUUAGAUGCAGGUGAAUAUGAACCAGUUGAAGGUGGUAUUAUGGCGGCUCUGGCUGUGAUUGGUGGUGUCGAUAGCAGACCGCGUUUAGGUGGUAUGGUGUAUCACAAGGACUAUGGUAUUGGUACAGUAUCACGUAUUGCUGCUAAUGGAAAGAUAACAAUGCAAUGUCAAGGGAGCAACGAACUUCAUACUUGCUCCAUAUCACAACUCAAAUCUGUUCCCGUAAUAUCAUUUUGUGUUGAGCGUCUCAAUGUGUCUGGAAGUAUGUUAAGUGUAUGGUCAUCUUUGGUGAGACUUACAGGAGAAGGCGUGCUUAAAAGCAGUGACUCGUUGGUUGUUUCUGAUGAUGAAAUGUAUGAUCCCUCAUUUAGUCAAGAAGUAAUUGACGCCAUCGAUACUGUUUUACUACGGAAGCAGCAAAUUUGUCUUGGACUAUUGAAAGCGGUCCGCGUUCUUUUAAGUCCCCAAGAACAUCUGAGAAAGAUAAUUCUUUCGUCGUACCGAGCUGCUAGCUCUUUGGAUGCGCAAACCGCUGGCUUUUUAGAUGUACAAGAUGCUGGCUCAUCGGAUACGCAAACACUGUUUCAACAAUUGUUGAAAACUGCAGUAAGACCCUCACCAAUAAAACCAAUCUUUGGUCGGGAGGAGUUAGAAGCUGCUGCUCUCUCAACCUGUCAAUAUUUAGCUGCUGAAGCCUAUAGUCCUGUAUCACGUGACAUUGACAUGAUCAGUUUUAAAGGUAAAGGUGCAACUCCUCGUAGCAGUAAUUCGCCAUUAAAGAGAAAGAAAUCGCUUACGAAAGUUACCAACCCACUCUUGACUAAGUGUGUUGAGAUGGGUUUUCCCCAAAGUCACGUGGAAUACGCUUUGAAGGAACUAAAAGUGGAAAAUCCGCGACCUGAGAUAGUUGUUGCGUGGUUACUCGAUCAUCCUGAGAUACCGGAAAUGAAUGGAACUGAACAUGUUUCUUCUGAGAAUGAAUGGGAUUGUAACUCAAGCAGCAGUCAAAGUGACGACGACUCAUCUUCUGAACAAAUAAAUGGUGCACCUGUUGUCUAUAAAAACAGAACAUUCUUUCAUGACAACGAGGAGUAUGCUAAAUACGUUCGAGACAAGAUACAAGUCGGUAUGACGGUGAAGUGUUGUAGAACAUACGAAGAAGUUCAUGAAGGUGAUAUUGGCAAGGUUGUGAAGCUUGAUCGUGAUGGUUUGGACGAUCUCAAUGUGCAGGUUAACUGGCAAAGAAAAGGUGGAACAUAUUGGGUUCGAUAUGUUCAUGUAGACUUGCUUGGUUUCGAUACUGCUGGUAAAACUGCACGACCAUUCAAAAUUGGAGAUCGUGUGCGAGUAAGGGCGUCUGUAUCAACUCCAAAGUACAAGUGGGGUACAGUGAAUCAUUCCAGUAUUGGUACUGUGGUCUCCGUUAGCAGUAAUGGUAAAGAUAUCAAAGUUGAUUUUGAGCAACAAGCAAACUGGACGGGUCUCGAAAGUGAAAUGGAACUCGUUCCCGUCAUGCAUCAUGGGAUUACGUGCUACUCUUGCCAUAUGCAGCCUCUGGAAGGUCCUCGUUAUAAAUGCAAAAUAUGCUCUAACUAUAAUCUUUGUCAAAAUUGCUUCGAAACACGAUCACACAAGCACUCUUUUCUUUGUAUUCCUGAAGAAGGGAGCCCACCAUUUCAUGCUGGUAGGUCAGGAAAAGUACGAAAACGAGAAAAGCAAAUCAAACGUACGGAGUUUAUCAAAGAUUGGACUCGAUGCGUAAAACAUAUCACGGUAUCGUCUCGCGAAGGGCUCAAGUUACGAUUAUUUGAUGGAACUGACUCCUACUGGCAGAGCUCAGGACCACAAGGAAAGCAUUGGAUCAAUCUUGAGAUGCAUCCUGAUAUUCUCAUUUGUAAAUUGUUGAUGACCGUUGAUCCAUCUGAUAGCAGUUACACGCCAUCUGUUGUCUUGACGUCAGUUGGUGAUAGUGUUCAAUCAUUGGUUGAGGUUAAAACGACGUACGUCAAAGAACAUGAACAUACUGUGAAAUUAUUGGAAAACCUUCAGGAGGAAUAUCGUUUUGUACGAAUAUCCAUCAUUCAAUGUCGUAGUAGUGGAAUCGAUACGAAAGUUCAUGGAUUAACAAUAGUUGGUAAACGUAAGUCGGACGAAGAUCAGAUUGUCUGUGGUUUUUCAUUCCUUGCUUUCGAUGAACAUGAAAAGAAAGUAAUAUCGCAAAGUAAACGUUCUCAAAAGGAAUCAGAGGAUGGGAAAGUGAAGGUUUAUGUUUGGGGAUUAAAUGAUAAAGAUCAACUUGGUGGACAAAAAGGAUCAAAGAUCAAGACUCCAAUUUUGUCGGAGGUGUUGACUGAUUUAAAUGUGGUUCAGCUGUGUGGUGGCUCCAAAACUUUAUUUGGAGUUACAAGAUCCGGUGAAAUUUAUGCUUGUGGUGAAUCAACAAAUGGUCGUCUUGGUGUUGGUAACGUAACUGGUAAUGUCCCCCUAUUGCAAUUGAUAGACGGCUUUUCUGGUGUUCAUGUGAAGAAAUUGGAAGUGCAUUCAGGUGGCAGGCACUGCUUAGCUGUCACUGCUUUAGGCGCUCUCUAUUCAUGGGGGGAAGGUGAAGAUGGUAAACUUGGACAUGGCAACAGGCAAAACUGUGAUAAGCCUAAGCUUGUUGAAACUUUAAAGUCCAUAUUUGUUGUGGACGUCUCUGCUGGCAGUUCUCAUAGCGCAGCAAUCACUAGUGAUGGUGAUUUAUACACUUGGGGACUUGGGGAAUACGGUCGAUUGGGUCAUGGUGAUGUUAAUACUGUGACUAAACCAAAACACGUUCGAGCAUUUCAAGGUCACCGUGUCGUCAGUGUUGCUUGUGGUAGUCGUGACGCUCAGACCCUUGCUUUGACGGAAGAUGGAAAUGUUUGGUCUUGGGGUGAUGGAGAUUUUGGUAAAUUAGGACGAGGUGGAAGUGACGGAUGUUUCGUUCCACAAAUUGUAGAAAGGUUGAAAGGUGAAGGUGUUAUUAAAGUCGAGUGUGGUGCCCAGUUCUCUCUUGCAUUGACAAGAUCUGGUCUUGUUUAUACAUGGGGUAAAGGGGACUACUACAGACUUGGUCAUGGUAAUGACUCUCAUGUUCGUCGUCCUCAAGUUAUUGAAGUUUUUAGAAGCAUGAAAAUUGUUGAUGUUGCUGUUGGUGCUUUGCAUUGUCUUGCAGUCACAGAACAAGGACAGGUUUAUGCAUGGGGUGACAAUGAUCAUGGACAACAGGGUAAUGGUACGACGUCUGUGAAUCGUCGUCCUCAUAUUGUGAUUGGUUUAGAAGGAGUGAAAAUCACGCGAGUUGCUUGCGGUUCAUCGCACAGCAUUGCAUGGGCUGAUACAAACAAUCAAGCAACAACCAAUCAUGAGCCAGUUCCGUAUCCAGUUGGAGAAGAUAAACUGGGUGAGCAUUUUGUAUCAAAAAAACACGUUGAUGACGCGAAAACAACUGGACUGAAAUCACGCAAACAACGACCUUCUCUCUCGAAAAUCGUUCUCGCAUUGAAAAGAAGCGAGAGACAACAUGCGUUUGGACACAUCUUAUCUGCUCUUCAGAUCCAUUUUGCAAGAGAAGCUGUUGUAAGUUCUUUGUCUUGCAAGGCCGAGGGAAAGGCUGAUAAUUCUGAUUCGCAAGUCUUUGAUGCUCGUGCCAGCUCUUCUACUAAAUCAAUUGAUCUGUCCGCCAUACCUCAAUCAACGUUUAGUGAGGUUGUGGUGUGUACUGUCCCAUCUGAUAUUAGCUUGAACGAGCUAUCCAAACAGUUAGGGACGAAAGAUGUCCCGCUAUUGGUAGAUGUUUUGAAAUUAGCCGUUGCCAACAGAACCAGCGAAGAGGGUAAACAGUCAGUGUCAAAUGUCUUGAAAGAACUUGCUGACGAUACACCCGAAGUGGCAGAAAUGCUGGUUGAGUUGUGUAAGACAGAAUUGGACAAUGUCGUUGCUGGUGAAGAGAAUGUUCCUUCAGCUCAUCAACCUACAAUCAUUGAGAGUUCUCAUCCAUACACUGCUGCUGACAGCGGAAUAUGUAAUUACGUCAAGAUACCUGGUGCCUCAUGUCUUCGGGUCGAGUUCGACCGACAGUGUUCGACUGAGCGAUGGAAAGAUAUUCUUACCUUGCAUGACUGUAACGGUCGAGAAGUUGCCAAUCUUAGUGGAAGAGAAAAAACUGAAUGGUCCAAUGCAUUCAAUAUCAAUGGCAAUGAAAUGCGGUAUAAAUUUACCGUAAUGAGCACGGGACCUAUGAAAAGCUGGGGAUGGAAAAUGACUGUCUAUCCUACAGCGUCCUCAAUUAUCCCUUAUGAUGUUCUUCCUGAUCGCACCGUCUUAACUCGACCAUCCAUUGAUCUUGCUGUAUGUUUGUUGGAUUUUGAGCUCGAGUCUCUCGUGAAGUGCGAAUUGGUAGUGAAUCUGGCUUCUUCACUGGCUGCUUGUGUACAACUGGAGAGCUUAUGUUCUGAACAUCGAACAUGGGCAUUGCUUCGUUUACGUCAACUACUCUUAUCUGAACAUGGUCCACGUUUUCACAUCGCUGAACUUCUUGGAUCACGUCUGCAGUCAUCAAAAGAAUGGUGCAAAAUAAAACCACGCUUGGAUCCUGCAUUGAAUGUGAUAAUUACAUCUUCUUCCCUGGGUUCAUUGAUUAAAGGACUUCCAAACAUGUUACAACGUCAGUAUGAACAUGACGAAGCCCUGGUACGAAAUGGUAAACAUCUAUUUUUCAGUCCGUUCUUUCAGGUUUUAAUUGCGCUUGCCUGCGAUUUAGGCAUUGAUAAACUUUCUCCGCGCAUCGACAGUCAACACGAUUGGGCGUGGUUAACUCGAUACUGUACGACACGCAGAACAUCCUUGGCUCUGGAUGCACGCACUGAGCUACCUCAGGAGAUGUUGGACGCAACUAUUGUAAAGAUUCAGGAGGUAGGAGGUGGUGAGAACGUAGAUCGUGGAUUUACAGAUCAUGGAUUAUUCAAACUUGAGCAAGAUGAACAAUUGAUCAAUUGGUUUAGCCGACGCCCUUAUGAUUGGACAAUGGCCUGGACUGGGACAAAUAUGAUUUACGGCUGGGGUCACAAUCAUCGCGGCCAACUGGGAGGUGUGGAAGGUCCGAAAGUGAAAAUACCGCAGCAAUGUGACUCUCUUUCUUCGUUGAAACCUGUUCAAAUCUGUGGUGGCGAGCAAUCUCUUUUUGUUGUUACAGCUGAAGGCAAAGUACAUGCGACUGGAUAUGGUCACGGGGGCCGAUUAGGACUUGGCGGCUCAGAAACGUGCAUGAGUCCGCGAUUAAUUGAGACCUUACAGCACUACGUCAUAAAAAAAGUUGCAGUUCAUUGUGGUGGAAAGCAUUCGUUAGCACUGACAUCAGACGGAGAUGUUUUCUCGUGGGGAGAAUGCGAUGAUGGUAGACUAGGACAUGGAAAUAGGCUCUCUUGUGAUCGUCCUCGUAUUAUUGAUGCAUUAUGCGGUAAAUCUGUGAUAGACAUCAAGUGUGGUGGCUCUCAUAGCGCCGCUAUCACUUCCUCUGGUGAACUCUAUACCUGGGGCAAAGGUCGCUACGGUCGUUUAGGACAUGGAGACAGUGAAGAUCAACUUAUUCCCAGAAAAGUAGAAGCGUUCAAUGGUUAUCGUGUUGUUGAUGUUGCUUGUGGAAGCGGAGACGCACAAACGCUUGCCUUAACUGAUGACGAUUGUGUGUGGUCAUGGGGUGAUGGUGAUUAUGGGAAACUGGGUCGAGGUGGAAGUGAUGGCUGUAAGGUGCCUGUUAAAAUUGACACUCUGACCUCGGCUGGAAUAGUCGUUGUCGAAUGUGGAUCACAAUUUUCUGUUGCUUUGUCCAAAUAUGGCGAACUUUAUACAUGGGGCAAAGGAGACUAUUAUCGCCUUGGUCAUGGUACCGACGAACAUGUUCGUAUACCAAAGAAAGUAUCCGCUUUGCAAGAUAAAAAUAUUAUCUGUGUCGUCACUGGAUCUUUACAUUGUGUUGCUUGCACGGAUACUGGAGAGGUUUAUACAUGGGAUAAUGAUGAAGGUCAAUUGGGUGAUGCCAGUACAAACGCUGUACAAAGACCGCGUUUAGUCAACGCUUUACAGGGAAAACAAAUUAAUCGUUUAGCUUGUGGCUCUGCGCACACACUGGCAUGGUCGACUUCCAAAUCUAUAAGUUCUGGUAAACUUCCCGAUGUCAUACCUAUUGAGUACAGUCAUUUACGCAAUAUCGCUACUGUGGUGCUACGAAAUCGUUUAAUUAUGUUGCAUCAUUUCUCAGAGAUGUUUUGCAGCACUUUUCCCAUGUUUGACCUUACUCAAGUACAAUCUUCAGAUCAACCUCAUGCUUUACAAAUCAAUACUGAUACUUUAAGAGCUGUAUUGGUUUCAUCGGUUAAGGAUUCUACAUUUCGUAAAAUCAUUCAAGAAACCAUGGUGCGUGAUCGUCAACAUGGUCCCGUUAUCCAGCUAAACCGCAUGCAAGUGAGAAAAAGUCGUCAAAAAGGCGGUCUUGCUGGGCCAGAUGGAACAAAGUCUGUAUUUGGUCAGGUAUUUUCCAACAUGUCCAGUUUCUCUCGAGAAAAUUACCUCCUGCCACACCGCAUUUGGAAAGUUAAGUUCAUCGGUGAAAGUGUUGAUGAUUGUGGUGGAGGUUAUUCCGAGUCUAUAGCUGAAAUAUGUGAUGAACUUCAAAAUGGUUCACUGCCGCUUCUUGUUGUUACACCUAAUGGUCGUGAGGAGUCCGGUGCAAAUAGAGAUUGUUUCAUCAUCAAUCCAGACGCUCAUUCACCAAUACAUCUUUCCAUGUUUCGUUUCUUUGGCGUUCUACUUGGUAUCGCUAUUCGUACGGGCAGUCCCCUGAGUCUGACUCUUGCUGAACCGUGUUGGAAGCAGUUUGCCGGUAUGACUCUCACUGGAAUAGAUCUAGCUGAGAUCGAUAAAGAUUACAUUCCAGGUCUUCUCUGCAUUCGUGAUAUGGACGAGAAAGGAUUUGAUGCGAUGAAUAUGCCGUUUAGUACGCCAAGUGCUAGUGGACGUGAAGUGUCUCUUGAUACAAAGAUAUCUGUUAUAAACUUUGAAAAUAAAGAAGAAUACGUAAGACGUGCUCUAAACUAUAGAUUUAGCGAAUUUGAUCGUCAGGUAAAGGCAAUACGAGAGGGAAUGGCUGAAGUCAUACCGGUUCCCCUAUUAUCACUCUUUACUGGAGUUGAAAUUGAAACUAUGGUUUGUGGUAGUCCAGACAUACCACUGGAUUUGUUGAGGUCAGUUACCACGUACAAGGGAGUCAAUCCUGGGGCGCCUCUCAUUAAAUGGUUCUGGCAAACACUUGAAGAAUUCACAAAUACGGAAAGAUCUCUUUUCCUACGUUUUGUUUGGGGUCGUACCCGAUUGCCUCGCACUAUUGCUGAUUUUCGAGGACGAGAUUUUGUUAUUCAGGUUUUGGACAAGUACAAUCCACCCGACACGUUCCUUCCGGAAAGUUAUACCUGUUUCUUUCUUUUGAAAUUGCCUCGAUAUUCUCAUCCUCGAGUGCUGAGUGAGAAGCUGAAAUAUGCGAUAUACUUUUGUAAGUCAAUUGAUUCCGACGAGUAUGCAAGAAUCGACAUGGCUGCAGGAGCUGAAAUUGAUAGUGACUAAACUUAAUUCCACUGUGAGUGUGUAAUAAUUAUAAAUAGUGAAAAAGUAAACUAAAUUUUAUAACGUUUAUCUAAAGGAAUAAUAUUUUGCCAAUGCGAGUUUUGAUUCUUGUAAUAUACUGUAUUAUUAUACGUUUUUUGGAACUGUACAGUUUGUUGUUGAAAAAAGUUGAAUAUUAAUACACAAAAAUAA